GUCAAAAUUUUACAUUCAUUCAAAGUGGCACGAACAAGGCAAUAACAAUACGUAUAAUAAGUGAAAAAAUAAAUAAAAUCAUUUUAAUUCAUAAUGUUAAUAAAAUUAAACAGGUUUUUAUGUCCUUUUAUUCGAUUGAAUAAUCAAAAAAUGGCAAGUAGCGUUAAACUAUCUACAGCAGUUCCUAAAGAAGACACCAUCAAAGUCAGAAAUUGGGAUAUAAAUUAUUUAAUAGUGGGUAAUGGACCACACACCAUACUUUUCGCUCCCGGCGCGCUGGGCACAAUAUGGACAGACUUCAAACCGCAAGUUGAAGGCUUCAAUCGCGAGAAGUUCACGCUCGUAGCAUGGGACCCGCCUGGCUACGGGAAGAGCAGGCCACCUGUCAGAGAUUUCCCAGUUAACUUCUAUGAAAAAGAUGCUGAUUAUACUUAUGAAUUUAUGAAAGCAUUGAAUUUUCCCAAGUAUUCUUUGUUGGGCUGGAGUGAUGGAGGCAUUGUAAGCAUGAUCCAUGCGGCAAAAUACCCAGGUGCAGUGCGGAAACUGGUAGUAUGGGGCACCAACUCACUCAUCCUGCCCCAUGAGUUGGAACUGUACAAGAAAACCAGAGACAUCAAAACAUGGUCAGAGAGAAUGAGGAAGCCAAUGAUUGAAGCAUAUGGUGAGGAGCUGUUUGCCAAGUACUGGGCGGAAUGGGUUGAUGCCAUGUCAGCCGUCUUUAAAGCUAACAAUGGGGAUAUCUGCUCACAGCUACUCAAGGAUAUUGUGGCCCCAACCUUGAUACUUUAUGGCGAAAAAGAUCCUAUGGUUGAUAAUAUGCAUGUGUCGCAUUUACAUACUCAUAUAAAAGGAUCAAGAAUACACUUGUACCCGGACGGCAAGCACAACAUCCAUCUUCGCUACGCGGAAGAUUUCAACCGCCGAGUUCAAGAUUUCUUACUCCUACCUUCCGCGUAAUGCAUUUCCUAUAUUUUAUAUUAGGUAUAGAACUUCUGCAGGUUGAUUAUGCCUAAGUUUCAAUUAUUAGUCAUUGAACAAAAGUAGGUACUACAAAGGCAGCGUUGUAAACAAUAGUUUAAGCUAAUUUAGUUUUGCUAUACUACACCCUAUCAAGAGUAUCAAGACCCUGAACUUAAGAGGGAAGAAUAGCUUUGCGAUUCUAGCGAAAUAACGGUAUUUUUUCUAUGAAAUUCCAUUUCUGAAGGAAACGUAUUCCACUAACUAAAUCUUAAAAAAUCACUUUGAUUUUGAUCGCUUCAGCAUAAUAUAGAGUCUGGCUACUGAAAUAUUACACAAUUUUAAGGCGGGAAAUUCAAAAAGUCUUGGGCUGGUCACACCUUGUGUAGUAGGAAUAAUAGUUUUGAUACUAGAAAAUAUUUUCUGUGCACACGUAUGACGUGCACUCAAAGUCAGCUCACAUUAUUUCUACCACUAUGUAAAGUACAAAGAUAUAAUAUAUAGUCAUGUUUCGCUAAGAUAUUUUUAUACCAAAUUACUACUGACCAGUCACUUCACAGAUUUCUUCUAAAUAUUGGUUUUCAGUAACUCGUUACGUUACAAUGUUUUGAUUUUAUUGGUAUUUUCCAGAACUUCUAGUUUAUCCGUUUCUUUACACACUUAGGACUAUUCAUGAGAUUCAGGUAUUAAUAAAUUCACGUACUUAAUCAAAGUUAUAAGCAAAUGUUAGAACUAGUACUUAAAGUAUUAAAAUAUUAAAGAGCACCAACCUACUAAAUUGUUUACGUCUUGUAAACAUAGCAGUUUUUCGCUAUACAACGCUUCGCGUCGCGUCGUUCGCACAUUGUCGUGAUUAUUUUAUUUUAUUAAAUAAUAGUUUGCGGACCUCACUCGGUAUAGUCAUUAUUAAUAUUAUUUAAAAUAAACCCCCUAAAACCGCGAACAAUUUGAAUGAAUGACAUAAAUUGACAACAGACUAUGGAGUGUGGAAUUAAGAGGAGUGGCAUCUCUUAUGGUAGAACGGUAGAACUGUUGCAAAAGUGUCCAGCUGUCAGCUAUAAAUAAUAGUUCCAAAUCUCUCCAGAGCAGCGCUAGAGUAGCUAAGAACCUAGGCGUUAUUGACGGAGUGAAUUGCGCUGUCUAUGAUUUGAAUUUUUUGUUCAAGUACUCUAGGUAUUGUAGCGCCACCUAUUUAAAGUUUUUUGAUGACACUUUUUGGUACAUGGAGAUGUCGUUCCUUAUCUCCACCUUCCGUACAACAGACUUUUAGCUUUUUUUAAAAAUCAUAGACAAUUGGUGAUACCACAAGGAAAUAUCUGUCAACAAUAUUUGGCUAGCCAGACUAUUGAGGUUUAUAGCUUUAAAAAAAAAAUUACUAUAGGGUUGUUUCCAUCAACAAGUCUCAGGGCAUAAUUGUAUCCCAAUAAAUUCUUUUGGAUUAUAAGAACAUUAAAAACUACUUUUACAGUACAUAUGGGGCUACUUUAUAGCACUAGUGCGAGAAGUAGCAUAUUACGUUACUGUGUCGAACAUUUAAAGGGCCAUAUGUACUGUAAAACGUUGUACGAUACAUGUGCGAAUAGGUAAUUCGCAACUCGUGUCGAUUUAAAACACUCCCUUCUGUCGUGUUUUAAUUUAUCGCCACUCGUUUCGAAUUUCCUAUUUUUCGCACUUGUAUCGUAAUGUACUAUUAGGGGACCUGUAAUGACCAUAUUUUUGUAAAUAUUGAAUUUAAAAUAUCUUUUGGCACACGUCACGUGACCAAACUCGAAAUGUCAUUGAAGAUUCUGAUGACGUCACAACUCUCGGAUUGACACUUGACAGUUAGGCGAUAAACAACAAAUGACAAAUGUCAGUUGACAGUUCGUAUCUUCUACGUGUGUAUGUAGUUAUGCGUCAAACCGUAAACUGUGACGUCACACAAUUUUCAAAGAGCGUUUUGGGCGCGAAAGCAUCUGUCAAAAUAUAUUUUGUUAAUUGAACAUAUUUAAAGCCGUUUUUAGUUUAAAAGUUGAAUUUUAGGGCAACUUUUAGUUAAUAUAGAACGUAAUACGAGCGUUUAAAAAAAUUGGAAACAACCCUAUUGCAAAUUUAAAAAAAAUAUGGAAACCCUAUAAACCUGGUUUUUCAUUUAAAAAAACACGGAGAAUGGAAAAUAUUUAGCAGUGGAAAAAUGUUUUUUUUGUAUGGACGAUCACGUGGUAUACUUCCUUAUCAUAUCAAGCUGGCGAACAUUUGUUUAGAAUUAUACAGAGUGCGUAUACUAUUAUAAUGUUUAUUACUUAUAUAUAUUUAAACAACAACUGUAAAUAAAAGCUUAUGUAUGUUAAUCAAAUACAUAUUUUAUUGUUGAUUAAAAUGAAACUGUCAGAUUUA